AACUUCGAAACGGCCGUGCGGGAGAACGUGACCAUCAACGGGCAGCCCUGGGAAGAGACUUCGGAGGACUCCAAGCUGCACUGUGGUUCCAGCAUUAAAAUUCUUGAAGAUCAGUUUGAUGAACUAAUAGUAGAGACGUCAACAAAGCGUAAGCAGUGGCCUAAAAAGAUCCUGAGGCAUGCUAUCCAGACCAUGAAAGCAGAGCAAGAGAUGUUGAAGCUCUACCAGCCUGUCGUAACGCCAGAGGAGAUAAAAUCACAGCCUUCUCAAGAUGCUCACAUCGCAGAUCUGAAGCAGGUGACAGAAGCGGUGUCCAGACAGCUCAGCGGAACAAUGAAGUCUCUCCCAGCGCUGGUAGAAAGAGCAGAAGGUUUUUCCCAAGCAUUAACGUGGCAGCCAAUCCUGGAACUCUGCAAGCUGCGGCAAGAAGUCUUUGCUGGUUGCAAGGCAAAGGAGAAAGAUAAUGUCCCAAGUCUCGUACCGCCAGGAGAAGUCACGCCAACAGACGCUGGUACCAGUAAAAUUCCUUGUGUUUUGCUAAAAAGAAAAAAGGCUGCAGGUUCGCCCGAAAGAAGACGCUACCCGCUGCGCCAGAGGAGGAUUUCUCUCAGCGCGUGA